AUGGAUAUACCAUUAGUCGCAUCCGAUACGUUAUCAUCUUAUACUGAAUACACUACAAGUAAAUAUAUUGGUAAAGAAAUAGCUAAAACAUUAAUUCAAACUGGUUUAUCUGAAUUAGCAUCAGUUGGUAUAGAUAGUACGUUAAAUUCAAUAUCAAAUACUUAUGAAAGGGAAUUACAUGAAAAAAUUAAACAAGCAGUGAAUGAUAACUGGAAUACGAAAAUUACAAAAUUACCAGAAGCAACAAUGCUGAAAAAUUUUACAAGUCGAUGUGGUCCAGUUAUGCAAGGUUUAGGUCAAGCCCUGGCUGGUACUAAAGGCACAAUACAACGUUUAUUCAAUACAUAUGCUCCUACAUUAAUUGGUUUAGGUGUAAAUAUUGGGGUUGAAAAAGCUAAAAACACAAAUAAACAAUACGUAUUAAGUAAAAGUAUUGAAUCAAUUGCGGGUGCAAAUCGUAUUGAACGAUUAGCAAAUACUUUUGAACUAAUUCAUGCAGCAUCAAGUCCAAAUGAUACUAAAAUUAAAUAUGCAGAUGAUUUAGUUAUUUUCUCGGCUGAAGCUAGGGCUAUUGAUGUAAACGACCUUAAUAUUGAUCCUAAAGACGUUUAUCCAGCAAAUCUUAAUAGUGAAAGUUUACAACAAGUUUAUUAUAAUGUUGCAUUAGUUGCUAAUAAAAUGUCUCAAAGUAAAACAUAUGAUGAAGCAAUGAAGAUUCUCGACGAUAACAAUGUAGUUAAAGAAUUAAGAAAAGAUGUUUCUUUAGCUAUGAAAAAUGAUGAAAAAUUAUUGAAAGAAUUUAGAUGGACAAAUAGAACUGAUUUAAAAUCUCAUUUUAUUAGUUUAACUGGUUACUAUGUGGACAAGAAGGAGCAAUUAAGAUUAGAUGAUAAAGAUAUAGAAUAUUUUAAAACAGAAUUUGCAACUGCUAACCUACCAGUUAAAUAUUCUGAGAUGAAACGAAGAAAAGGAAUUGAUGAUAUGGGCAGUGAAGUAACAUUAGCUGAUCACCAUCUUAUAUCAAAAACAGAGAUUCGCUCGCAACUAGUCGCACUCAUAUCAACAUUAACUGAUGAAGAGUUAAAAAGUACUAUGGAAGCGUAUUUAAACGAUCCUAGAAAUCCCUCAAACAAAGUACUUGUAAUGAACGGAAUUGGUGGGGCGAAAGAUCCGCAGAUCAGUUAUAUGGAAUCCAAAUAA